CCGCCCCUCCCCGCGGCCUUCCCGGCCGUCAGCCCCACCAUUCCGCAGCCCUCGAACUGCGGCCGAAGACAGGUUUCUAGGCAAGCAGAAAGAUCAGACUUGACACUGCUAAGAGGUCUAUGUUCCUUGAAGAGACAAGUAGUGUUUAGACUGAAAUGGUACUCACAGGAAGCACAGUAUCAUGAAGCUAUCCUUUAGACCAACAAAAACAUCCUUAUGACUACAGAGACCCAGAAAUCUAUGUUAUGAACUGGACUCACUGUGUGACAUUGAGUGACUCUCCAGUCAAGUUCCAGAUAUGUUCAUUUGAGUAGGCUCAACCUCCCUAUGGACUCAACAAAUGUUAUCACAAAAUGGCAUUGCUCACUGGAAAUACAGAUCCUGAGUUCAGCUCCUACUCCUUCAAUAACUUGGAAAACCUGUGUGGAGUGCAAACCAAGAAAGGAUUCUUCUACAAAAAGGCCAAACUUCUGCACCCUGGGGAAGACUUGUGCUGCUUAGCCCACGUGGAUGACCAGACCAGAUUUGUGAUCAUCAAUGUAGGUGGUAUUAAAUACAAAGUUCCAUGGACCACCUUGGAGAACUGCCCCUUGACCAGGCUUGGGAAGCUAAAGUCUUGCAACAAUUAUGAUGAGAUCAUGAACAUCUGUGAUGAUUAUGAUGUUAGCUGCAAUGAAUUUUUUUUUGACCGCAAUCCUAGUGCCUUCAGGACGAUCAUGACUUUCCUGACAGCUGGGAAGCUGAGGCUUCUCAGGGAAAUGUGUGCACUUUCUUUUCAGGAGGAACUGGUGUACUGGGGAAUAGAAGAAGACCACCUGGAGCAGUGCUGUAAAAAGAGAUUGCGACAGAAAGAGGAGGAGGCAGCUGAGACCAGGCUCUAUGAAGGGGAGAUGGUGUUUAGUGAAACUACACAAUGUGCCUUCCAGGACAAUAGCCAAUGGAGUCUGUGCAUGCAAAAGCUCAGGGAUAUGGUGGAGAACCCCCACUCGGGGAUCCCAGGAAAGAUUUUUGCUUGUAUUUCAGUCUUUUUUGUUGCCAUCACUGCAAUAAGUCUCUGCAUCAGCACCAUGCCAGAUGUCAGAGAAGAAGAAGAUCGGGGUGAAUGCUCACAGAAGUGCUAUGACAUCUUUGUGCUGGAGACGGUGUGCGUGGCAUGGUUUUCAUUUGAGUUCCUGCUGCGAUCCAUCCAGGCAGAGGACAAGUGUGCUUUCCUGAAAACCCCGCUCAACAUCAUAGACAUCCUGGCCAUCUUGCCUUUCUACAUCUCUCUCGUUGUGGAUCUGGUAUCCACUAAAACCAGCGGCAAGCCCGGAGGAGGAGCCGGUAACAAAUACUUGGAACGAGUGGGCCUGGUGCUGCGCUUCCUGCGGGCUCUGCGCAUACUCUAUGUGAUGCGGUUGGCGCGGCACUCGCUGGGGCUGCAGACGCUGGGGCUCACUGUGCGCCGCUGCACCAGGGAGUUUGGGCUCCUCCUGCUCUUCCUUUGCGUUGCCAUGGCCCUAUUCUCACCACUGGUGUACCUGGCUGAGAGAGAACUGGGAGCCAAACAAGAAUUCACAAGCAUCCCCGCCAGUUACUGGUGGGCCGUGAUCUCCAUGACAACGGUUGGCUACGGGGACAUGGUGCCUCGUAGCAUCCCUGGACAGGUGGUAGCUCUGAGCAGUAUCUUGAGUGGGAUUUUGCUGAUGGCUUUCCCCGUCACGUCCAUUUUUCAUACCUUUUCCCGUUCCUACAGUGAGCUGAAGGAGCAGCAGCAACGGGCAGCAAGCAGGCAGAUGCGCCAGAUGAAAGAGAGCACCAAAAUCCCAGGUGGUGACGGUACACAGCAGCCUGGUGUAACAUUCCCCCUGGAUGCUGCUGGGCAGGAGGGUCAGCCCACUGUGGACCAGGAAGCCAAAAUAAGCUGUUGACAGUGAAGUGCAGAAGACAUAUGUUGGCAGCACAAGAAGCUUGUGCCAGUGGACAAGGGGAGACAAUUCUGCAAGAACUUCCUGAGCUGCAUAAAAGAAGGACAGAAAUACACAAGGUUGUCUCUAAAGACCCAUGUUUGAUCUUAAGGGCCCUCUAAAAUGUGCCCCUAGAAACUUUACCAAGUACAGCUCUGCUCCAUCACUUUUCAUAGGUUUUUUUUUCUUUUUCUAGUGAACAAGUAUUUUUUGCAGUUCCUCAAGAGCAGCCAUUGAACAUA